UGGACGUGUUCACUGCUAUAUUUGCUUAUUGGAAUAUCUUCUACAUUAUCGAGAGAUCAUUCACCCAUUCAUAAUUCGUCACGUGUAUAGAUAUAAUUGGAAAAGCGUCGGCAGAUCUUCUCCGACAAACCUCGUACGUAUAUAUCAUUUCCUCGUUAAUCCCGAGUCUGAUUCUCCUCAGACCAAACAACAACAAGUUUUUCUUCUUUCUUAGAUCAAAAUGAGCUACGAGAAGGUUCCGCCUGAAACGUAUCCUCCUCCAGGUUACCAAUCUCAGUAUCCUCCACCGCCGGGUUAUCCAUCAGCACCUCCGCCUCCGGUAUAUCCUCCGUCGCAUCAUCACGAAGGAUAUCCUCAACACCCACACGGAUAUCCAUCGUAUCCACCACCAAAACCGCCUUCACGUCCUCCUUACGAAGCCGGGUAUCAGGAGUACUUCUCCGGAGGCUUUCCUCCUCCUCCUCCACCUCCGCCGCAGCAAUACAAUCAAUGCCAUCAUGAUCAUCACUAUUACCAGGACUCGAAUUCUGGUUGCACCUCUUUCCUCCGUGGCUGUCUCGCUGCACUCUGUUGCUGCUGCCUGUUAGACGAUAUUUUCGUCUAAGACUGGAGAGUUAUUCAUAAAAACUUAAAUGAUUUGGUGUAUGUUUUUUUCUCUGAAGUUGUCAUUAUGUACUUAAAAGAUUACUGCAUUGGGUGUUGGAAUGAACUUACAAAGCCAUGGUACCAAGACCAUAGGCUAAUGGCAUUCAUUUAUAGUUGUAUGCUUUAUCUGAAGACAAGCAGCUUGAGUAUUGAUAAACUUUAGUCUACA